UCGCGCUCCCCUCACGCGGCGCGCGCUCGCGCUCUCCCCUCACGCCUCCCGCUCCCCUCACGGCCCUGCCCCGCUCCCGGCAGUGGAACCGCGGCGGCGGCGGCGGCCAGACACCCCUUUCCCCCCCACCUCCUUCCCUUCCUUCCGCCCGCGCCGCCGCCUCGGUCACCGCCCCGGCGCCGGAACCACUGCUUGCGUCAUCACCCUCAGCCUUCGGCCCGCUGCGCCUCGCGAGUUUCCUGUGAGCAUCUUAGGUGGCGUGGCCUUGUGAGUAAAGAAAAUAAAGACAAUCCAGACAGGUGGAGAAUUGAAGAGGAGCAGUGCUAGCCCAGGAGAAGUGCACAGAGGUACAGCAGAAGCUCUGCCAGUUCCAGGAAUCUGCAAAGAACUGCACGAGAUGCAGAGCACAAGAGCCCGAUUGCCCACCGCUUCAAUGACCUGAAGGAAGAGACAUUUAAGGCAGUUGCCAUGAUCACAUUUGCCCAGUACCUGCAGAGAUGCUCCUACGAUGGACUGUCCAAGCUGGUGAAGGAUGUGGUUGACCUGGCACAUAAGUGUGUGGCCAACGAGGAUGCUCCCGAGUGCUCAAAACCACUGCCCUCUGUUUUCCUGGAUGAAAUCUGCCAAGUGGACAAACUCCGUGACUCAUACGGUGACAUGGCUGACUGCUGUGGUAAAGCUGAUCCCGAAAGAAACCAGUGCUUCCUGUCCUUCAAAGUGCAGCACCCAGACUUUGUCCAGCCCUACCAGAGACCUGCUGCUGAUGUCAUCUGCAACGAGUACAAGGACCACCGCGUGCAGCUCCUGGGAAAUUUUGUCUACAGUGUUGCAAGAAGAAACCCCUUCCUGCACGCCCCAGCGAUCCUGGGCCUGGCUGCUGAGUAUGAAAACGCACUUAAAAGCUGCUGCUCGGAGAGUGAUGUUGGUGCUUGCUUGGAGGAAAAGGCAGCUGUCAUCAAGGAAAGAGCCAAGAAGAUAGAUGUGAAGCAGCAGCACGGAUGCAGGAUCCUCGAAAAGUAUGGUGAGAGGACUUUCCAAGCAAGUAAACUCGUUCGUCUGAGCCAGAAGUACCCCAAGGCUCCCUUUGCAGAGCUGGUUAAGAUGGUCCACGAUGUGAAGGAUGUCUACAAAGAGUGCUGUGACGGGGACAUGGUGGAGUGUGUGGAUGACUGGUCCGAGCUCGUGGCCUCUCUGUGCUCUAAACAAGAUGUUUUCUCAAGUAAACUCAAGCCCUGCUGCGAGCUGCCAGCUGUGGAAAGGACCAAGUGCAUCAUGGAGGUGGAGUUUGAUGACAAACCCGACAACCUUCCUUCACUAGUUGAAAAAUACAUUCAAGAUAAGGAAGUGUGUAAAAGCUAUGAGGCAAACCAUGAUGCAUUCCUGUCAGAGUUUGUUUAUGAAUACUCACGAAGACACCCUGAGCUCUCCACACAGCUGGUUAUGAGGAUUACCAAGGGAUAUGAAACACUCCUGGAUAAGUGCUGCAAGACAGACAACCCUGCUGAGUGCUACGGGAACGCUCAAGAGGAACUGAACAAGCACGUCAAGGAAACCGAGGAUGUGGUGAAGACCAACUGUGAGCUGUUCAAUACCCAUGGCGAGGCAGACUUCCUUAAAGGAAUUCUGGUCCGCUACACCAAGAAAAUGCCUCAGGUAUCAAGUGAGACCUUGCUUGAAAUCGGGAAGAAAAUGACAGGGGUUGGCAAGAAGUGCUGCAAUCUCCCUGAGCAGAAACGCCUGUCUUGUUCUGAGCACUACCUGAGCAUCAUCAUUGAAGACAUGUGCAAGAGGCAGGAGAGCACCCCCAUCAAUGAGCAGGUUUCCCAGUGCUGCAACGAGCUCUACUCAUACAGGAGGCCAUGUUUCACUGCCAUGGGUGUAGACACCAAAUACGUGCCACCACCCUUUGACCCCAUGAUGUUCAACUUCGAUGAGAAGCUGUGCACUGCUGCUCCGGCUGAGCGCGAAGCAGGGCAGCUCAAAAUGCUCGUCAACCUCAUCAAGCGCAAGCCCCAGAUGACAGAAGAACAAAUGAAGACAAUUGGUGGGAGUUUCACUGCCAUGGUGGAAAAGUGCUGCAAGCAGGCAGAUGUUGAAGGGUGCCUUGGAGAAGAGGGUGCUUCCCUAAUAGUCCAGAGCAGAGCCAUAUUAGGAAUUGGUGCUUAAUCUAAGGUUGCCAGUGAGAAAAGCAUGAAGAAAAACCUGUGAAACUUCUGCCACCCCUUACCCUUUUUCAUUUGGUACUGAAUGAAUAUUUCAUGAAUCUUCUUUUGUCACACUAUAUGCUGUUCAAUUCUUUCUCUAAAACAAAAAUAAAAAAUAAAGGCUUUACAAAACCA